GAUGGGCAGAGCCGGGCCUCCUGGAGGGGAUAUGAGUGACCAGGGCCCCGCGGGCCUCCGGGACGUGGACGGGGGCGGGGACGCCGAGCUGCUCCAGGACCUGGGGUGGUACCACAAAGCCCUGACACGCCACGCGGCCGAGGCCCUGCUGCUCUCCAAUGGCAUCGAUGGCAGCUACUUGCUCCGAGACAGCCAGGACCAGUCCAGCCUCUAUGCCCUGUCCGUCAGGGCAAAGGACUCUGUGAAGCACUUUCAUGUUGAAUAUACCGGAUAUUCUUUUAAAUUUGGCUUCAAUGAAUUUUCCUCUUUGACUGAUUUUGUCAAGCAUUUUGCAAACCAGCCUUUGAUUGGGAGUGAGACAGGGACCCUCAUCGUCCUGAGACACCCCUACCCCAGGAGUGUGGAGGAGCCGUCCAUCUACGAGUCGGUGCGCGUCCACACGGCCAUGCAGACGGGAAGGACUGAGAAUGACCUCGUGCCUACGGCGCCCUCGCUGGGCACCAAAGAAGGCUACCUCACCAAACAGGGAGGCCUGGUCAAGACGUGGAAAACAAGGUGGUUCACGUUGCACAGGAAUGAGCUGAAGUACUUCAAGGACCAGAUGUCUCCAGAGCCGAUUCGGACCCUAGACUUGACGGAAUGUUCGGCGGUGCAGUUCGAUUACUCGCAGGAAAGAGUGAACUGUUUCUGCUUAGUGUUCCCGUUCAGGACCUUCUAUCUCUGUGCAAAGACAGGCGUGGAGGCCGACGAGUGGAUCAAGAUCCUGCGCUGGAAGCUGUCUCAAAUCCGGAAACAGCUUGACCAGAGGGAAGGAACCGUCCGGUCCCAGUCGUUCAUCUUCAAAUAGCCGUUCCUGCCUCCAGGCUGGCCGCAGGCCCCACCCCCAUCUCCAGCCCC